CGGGGAAGAGGAAGCACACUUAAAUGUGCGAAGCAGUCAAAGUGUUUCCAUUCGGAAAAUCUGAUCUGGAUUGUGGAUGUCAAGUCAUCGAACGAAAUAGCCACGAGUCCAAGCCCCGAGAUGAAACCAGCUGCAAUUCCGGCGAACGAACGGCGUCUGGCCUUCCUGGCCGAGUGGUUCCACACGGAAGCAGGGAUAAUACGCACUUUCCUGAUCACUUACUAUGUGGCCGACAAGGCGGUAGAAGUGUUUGACCAGCGCAACAAGCGAACCUUCUUGCGUCGUACCAAGAUUCCGGAGCUGACGCAGCGCGACUUCUUUGUUGGCUCCAAGAUUAAUGUGUUUGGCCGGCAGUUCGACAUUGUGGAUUAUGCGGACGAUACUACUAGAACCAACCUUGCCAAAUACCGAAAAAAGGGCUUCGUUCUUUUGAAGAACAGCAUGUGGACCAAGCAUCUCGGCAAGUUUCUAAAGGCGCUGAUCGACAACAAGAUCAACAUAAACCACGGCUUGAUGGUAGAUCUCACACCCAAGAUGGCCACUCAGUUCCUUUCCGGGAAGGACAAGACCAAUGUCUCCAGCUCUGUCCUGAUGAACGAACUGCUAGCUGGGCCGGCCAUUAGCCUGGAGUUAAUCGGGGACAACGUGGUCGAGAUCAUGAAAGCGUGUGCCAAUUACAAAAGCCCCGACAUGGAGACGUCCAAUGUGAAGCUGCCGCCCGGCCUGGAGGAGCUCUGCGAGUGUGAGGAGAUUCGUUACGGGUUUUACUACUCAGACAGCGAUAACGACGUGGUGAUGGACCUGCAGUUCUUCUUCGAUGCAAGCCACAGCAUCAUUAAGGAAUGCCAGUUUCAGAACACCACGUUAGCCAUCAUCAAGCCGCACAGCAUCAAGGACGGCCUGUUAGGCCACAUUGUUUCCGAGAUUCUGGCUAAUGGUUUCAGGGUGACAGCCAUGCGCAUGAUUCUGAUGGCGCGCAUUAACUGCGAAGAGUUCUACGAGGUGUACCGCGGCGUCCUGCCCGAGUACAUACCCAUGGUUGCGCAGUUGGCCAGCGGAGUUUGCAUGUGCAUGGAAAUCGCGUCCGUUGAUUCAGACAAGCAGUCGCACAAAGAGUUCCGCAACUUCUGCGGCCCCAUGGACCCGGAGAUCGCUAAGCUACUGCGCCCGCACACGCUGCGCGCCAAGUUCGGUAAAUCCAAGGUGCAGAACGCCAUCCACUGUACCGAUCUGCCAGAUGAUUGUAACCUAGAGCUGCAGUACAUGUUUAAAAUCGUCGAAUGACCCAAUUAGUUAGCUUAACUUAGCGUUAAAAUAUUUAUUUUGAGUUUAGUGCGUGUGUGCGUGUAUUAAUAAAUUACCAGUGAUAAAAAUGUA